CCAAGAGACCACGGCGUGUUCAUGACUGCGUGCAUCGAUAGUGCAGCGUUCGACAGCAUCAAAAGUUACAUUGAUCACGCACAUUCCUCGCCGAAACUGAAGAUCAUAGGUGGCGGGAAAUGUGACAGAUCCAAAGGUUACUACAUCGAGCCGACGAUUGUAGAGUGUAGCGAUCCUUCAGACAAGAUUAUGAAAGAAGAAAUCUUUGGACCGGUCCUGGCGGUUUACCCGUUCCCUGAUUCCAAGAUGGAUGAAGUUCUGUCCUCUGUCAAAGACGCAACUCCUUUCGGUCUAACCGGUUCUGUGUUUGCCACAGACAAAGAGUUCAUCAAAAAGGCGCUUGUGGAUCUGCGGUACGCAGCGGGUAAUUUUUACAUCAACGACAAAAGCACUGGGGCUGUCGUCAACCAGCAGCCGUUCGGUGGGGCGAGGCAUUCGGGGACUAACGACAAAGCCGGCGGUCCCCACUUCAUUCUGAAAUGGACUUCAGCGUUGUCCGUCAAGGAGACACAUGUGCCGAUGAACGAGUGGCGACAUCCGUACAUGGACUAG